AUGUCGACGCUCGUGGACGAGCUGCUCCAGGACUUCGAGGACUCAGGCUCCGAGGCUGGCGACGCGCCUAACGAGGACAAUUUCCUCGGAGCUGUCGAUGACGAUGUCGCCAAACAGGCGCAUAGAAAUGGCGACAUGGACUUGGACGACGAAGCCGACGAGGCAGAUGAGGAGAUGAAUGGCGUCGACACUAGCAAACAGGUCCCAGAGGACCCCGAGGAAGCCAAGGCCAGGGUCGAAAAGAUGCAGCUGAAGGAUGUCAACGACGUGCGGCAUGUUGCCGGUCUCAUGAAGACCUUGGAACCUGUUCUUGAGAGAAUCGCAUAUUUCCAAGCGCAACCACCAGAGGCGCGAGAUGCUAGCAUUGGCAACAUCGAGGACCACCCCGAGUACAACCUCUUAACCGAAUCGAAUCAACUAUCCACGUCUAUCGACAGCGAGAUUGUCCUCGUACACAAAUACAUCCGCGAUCACUACUCCGUACGGUUUCCCGAACUCGAGACGCUGAUUACGAAUCCUCUCGAAUAUGCCAAGGUCGUUGCAAUUCUGGGCAAUGGCCCUCUGGAUUCGGACAACGUCAAGACAUUGGAAACGUCCAAGAACAACAUUCUUAACUCUACGUUGAAAGAGGUACUUGAUGGCCCGUCUCUCAUGAUCGUGACAUUGGAGGCAACGAGAACGAACGGUCAAGAUAUGUCGGAGGCCGAACUUAGCCGGGUGAUGAGGGCUUGCAAGAUGGUUGUCGACCUGGAUAAGGCGAAGAGGACCCUUACGGAAUAUGUGCAAUCACGCAUGAACAUAUUCGCGCCAAACCUCACUGCUCUCGUGGAGUCUUUGACGGCGGCACAGCUCUUGAACGGAGCCGGAGGGUUGACCGGAUUGGCCAAGACACCCGCGUGCAAUAUCUCGGCCUGGGGAUCCAAAAAGCAACAAAACAGCGGCAUGGCUACAAAUGUCGCGGUCCGCCAGCAGGGCUUUCUUUACCACUCUCCGAUCAUCCGCGGUGUACCGAGCGACAUGAAGAAGCAGGCCAUGCGAAUAGUGUCUGCGAAGGUUGUCCUUGCCGCCAGGGUAGAUUGCGCACACUCCAGCCCGGACGGUUCGAUUGGCGAAGAUUUCAAACAAUCCUGUCUGGAGCGGCUCGACAAACUGCAAGAAAAGCCGCUGAGCAAGGGCCAGCGCGCGUUGCCUGUGCCAGAUGACAAGCCGAGCCGUAAGCGAGGAGGGCGACGCGCACGGAAGGCCAAGGAGGCCACGGCCAUGACCGAAUUGCGUAAGGCGCAAAACCGGGUGGCCUUCGGAAAGGAGGAGAAGGAAGCAGGCUACGGUGCAGGAGACUCUACCGUGGGCAUGGGCAUGAUCGGGCAAACAGACACUGGCCGGGUGCGUGGUACACAGAUCGACGCGCGCACCCGCGCGAAGCUCAGCGCGAAGAACAAGGGCUGGGGCGGCCUCGCGAGCUCGGUCACGGGUGGUGCGGCAUCAUCACUCAAAGGUUUCGGCCAGACAGCCGGUGGCCUCGAUCUCCGUGGCAGCGGAUUGCGGACAUCUGGCGUUGGGACUACAGUGGGCGGUGGCGGAACCAUGUCAUCUCUCAACUUCACGCCGGCGCAGGGCCUGGAGCUGGUAGACCCAAAGGUGCAGGCGGAGUUGAAGAGGAAACGGCAGGCCGAGGAAGAUCGUUGGUUCAAGGGCGGUACAUUCACACAGGUUGGCGGCGACAGCAGCAAGACGAGCAGCGACGGUGUUUUCAAAAAGCCAGCCUUGCCGCCUUCGAAGCGCGUUGACACUGGUGCGACGAAGAAGUGA